GGGAGCUUGGGGGUCGCAUUCCCAACCUCCAAAGUAGCGCACAAGGGAGCAACAACGCCAAUUUCCUCCCCAGCGCACUGCAUCUCCGCAUGUGUAAAGCUGCCUUGCUUUCUCCUCUCGCCAGGGCUCCGCUCAUCCCAACGCAGCAUUCACACCGACUACGCAUUUCGAUUUAAGGCUCGCUGCACCUGUUCCGGCCUUACCCGGCGGCCACUAAAUUCCUCGAACCAUCGCAGCGCCGCACCCGCCCUCGGCUGCCCACAGAGGGUGUAGUACCGUCAUCAUGGCUUCCGAGUCAUCAGUCGACGCGAAUGUGCCGAACUUGAACCUCACCCCCGAAGAGAAACGAGUGUACGGACAGCUGUUUCGACAGGCCGAUACCGAUGGUGUCGGCGUCGUCACGGGCGAGAUUGCCGUCAAGUUCUUCGAGAAGACGAGACUGGAUUCUAGGGUCCUGGGAGAGAUAUGGCAGAUCGCCGACAAGGAGAACCGCGGUUUCCUCACGCCCGCCGGCUUUGGUAUCGUCCUCCGCCUUAUUGGCCAUGCGCAAGCCGGCCGCGAACCCAGCCCCGAAAUAGCGCUCAGUCAGGGCCCUAUGCCGCGGUUCGAUGGCUUCACCCCGACCCCCGCGCCGCUGCCACCGCCGCCGCCGCAGCCGCCUGUGCUGCAGGCCCAGGGGACGGGCGCGGGAGGACCCAUUCGCAUCCCGGCCCUGACACCCGAGAAAGUGGCCCAGUAUGCUGGCCUCUUUGAGCGGCAAACGCUCCAGAACGGCAACAUGCUCCCCGGCGAGCAGGCCAAGCAGAUCUUUGAAAAAUCGGGUCUGCCAAACGACCUGCUGGUUCGCAUCUGGAUGCUUGCCGACACGGAGCAGCGCGGCGCUCUGGUCUUGACCGAAUUCGUCAUCGCCAUGCACCUGCUCACGUCCAUGAAGACAGGGACACUGCGCGGCCUGCCCAACAUCCUGCCUGCCGCUCUCUAUGAGGCUGCCACCCGGCGCGCUUCCGUCGUGGGUGCCGUUCCCAGGCAGCAGUCGCCCACCACCGCUACGCCUCCCGUCUCGGCCGUGCCGCGCCAGCUCACCGGCCAAACGUCGGUGCAGCAGCUGCGGACGGGCAGCCCGCUCGGGCGUCAACCGUUAGCGCCACAGACCACGGGAGACUGGCUGGUGACGGCCGCUGAGAAGGUUAAAUUCGACCAGUUCUACGACGAGCUCGACAAGACAAAGAAGGGGUUCAUCACUGGCGAGGAAGCCGUGCCCUUCUUCAGCCAGUCCAAGCUUCCCGAGGCUGCGCUCGCCCAGAUCUGGGACCUUGCCGACGUUCACUCCGAGGGGCGGCUGACCAAAGACGAGUUUGCGAUUGCCAUGUAUCUUAUUAGGCAACAGAGAACCAAACAGAGCCCGCUACCCGCCACCCUGCCGCCCAACCUCAUCCCCCCGAGCCUGCGCGGCCCAGUACGCCCCCCAACAGCGACCUCGGCGUUCGAACCACCCCCACCGCCGCGGCCUCCACUACCCCAACCAAAGCCCUCUGCUUUGGAUGAUCUGUUUGGCUUAGAUGACCCUCCGCCGCCGGCGCCGACUCAAGUCGCGCUCGGCACGGGCGGAUCUGCUGCUACCGACCCCUUUGGAACCAGCAUCAGCCCGCCGGCGCCGUCUUCGCCCGUGAGACCUCCGCCUGUGGCAUCAGGCUUCAAGCCCUUUGUCCCUUCAUCCUCUUUCGGCCGCGGUCUUACCGCACAGGCUACUGGGGGCUCGAACAACUCGGGAUCCAGCUUCGCUAGGCCCGCCCCGCUCCCGACGGCCGUGGAAGACGACCUGCUUGGAGAUACCGAGCCUGAGAUCAACAAGAGCCUCAACAGCGAGACUACUGAGCUUGCAAACCUCUCCAACCAAAUCGGGUCUCUUUCUAAGCAGAUGCAGGACGUACAGGGCCAGCGCACUGCGACGCAGAACGAGCUGAACCAAGCCAGCGCCCAGAAGAAGAACUUUGAGCAGCGACUUGCCCAACUCCGCGCCAUGUACGAGAAGGAGGCGCAGGAUGUGCGCUCUCUCGAGGCGCAGCUCAACGUCUCGAAGACCGAAACCAAGAAGCUGCAGGCCGAGAUGGCCAUGAUCGAAGCCAGCCAGCUAGACCUGCAGAACCAGCACCGCCAGACCUUGUCAGCUCUCCAAGCCGACCAGCAGGAGAACUCCAGCCUGAAGGACAAGAUCCGGGCUGUGAAUGCCGAGAUUGCCCAGCUGAAGCCGCAGAUUGAGAAGCUCAAGCUGGAAGCUCGGCAGCAAAAGGGUCUCGUUGCUAUCAACAAGAAGCAACUGACCACCAACGAGAACGAGCGAGAGAAGCUCAAGACGGAGGCCGAAGACCUUACCAAGAGCAACGAGGAGCUGGCGCGUCAGAUCAGCUCCAACAACUCUCCCGUCCUCACCCAGGUCGCCAGCCCCGCGCUGUCCACGGCGAGUGCUAAUAACCCCUUCUUCAGACGGACCGCUAGCACCGACAUCACCGCCACCUACAGCCCCCCCCCCAUCAGGUCCUUCAAUGACAAGUCCUUUGACGACGUCUUUGGGCCGGCCGCACCAAGUAGCCAGAGCGGCACGCCGCCGCCGCCUGCUGCAAUCUCAAUGUUCAAGCCGCAAAACACGGGCACGUCCACUGGCAGUGUCGGGUCCUUUGCUACGCCAGGCUCCACCAGCCCAACUGUCAGCCGCCAGGCCACUCUCGCAGCUGAGCCGCCGGCUCCAGAACCGAGACAGCUCAAUCCCAGCUACCUGCCGUUUGGAGACACUAGCGACUCUCUGAGCACCUCUCGCCAGGCCUCGCCCCCGCAAAGCCGGUUCAGCCUGCCCGAGACGCCGUCCCAGGCGCUGGCACAUCCCGUGGCCGCACCCAUCGAACCGGCGCAGACUGGACAGAGUCUUGCCUCUGGAUCAGGCUCGGAUGCCCCCAAGGCCGCCUCUCCGGCAUCGCCAACCGAGACUAGAGCCAGUGCUAAUGGAACACAUCCCCUGACUAGCUCGUCGGGAGAUGACUCGAAGAAGGCUGCAGCCCAGGCUGAGCUUGAACCGUUCCCAGCUGUGGACCAGGCAAAGGCCAAGGAAGACUUUGAGUCGGCCUUUGCGAGCUUCAAGAAUUCCCACGCCAAGGCCCCGGCAAGCUCGAAUAACGAUACCGUCUUCUCUGCAUUCCACUCAGAGUUCCCUCCCAUCUCCGAGCUGGAGCGUGACGAUGAUACGGACUCGGACAGCGACCGGGGUUUCGAUGAUGAUUUUGCACCGGCAUCCCCUCCGCCGAAGGCAACUGUCGAAAAGAGCCCGGAAACGAAGUCGGUCUCCCCGACCAUUACCAAGGCUGCCUUGGAGAUCCCGGCCGCUGGCCUCAACACUUCAGGACCCGAGCAGUCAGCUGUGAACGAGAGAUCUAGCUCGCCCCCCGUCGCCGCCACUAACAAGAGGUUCACGGGGUCGAGUGUUGAUGACAUAUUUGGCACUGCGGCUUCCCCUCCGCCCGCCCCUGCAGCGGCUGCUGCGAGCCAGCCCUCAGCUCCGCCGCCGCCUCCGAAGGGCGCAUUCGACGACCUCGACGACGACUUUGAGGGACUCGAGGAUGCCAAGGAAGGCUCUGCUGACGAUGACUUUGCCAACAUUUCACGAUCCGGUCUGGACGACUUCAACCCGGUCUUUGACAGCAGCCCGCCACCCAGCCAGGCAAAGAGCGAAUCGGUCAACGCCAAUACCGCAUUCGGCGCUGAGAGCAGCUUUGACUUUGCCUCGCUCUCGACCGCGUCGGUGGCCGGCAGCACUGGCGCAGCGCCGUCCAGCUCCGGGCCUGGCCAAGCUAAGGGCCCCGCACCGCCCGAGUCGCAGGACUGGGAUGCCAUCUUUGCCAGCCUUGACGACACCCCGACCCCGUCGUCCCCGCCGCUUGGCAGUGGAAAUGGCAGCGCAAAGGAAGCCGCGCGGCCGAAUGCAUCCGGCCGGGCGUUGACCGAGGCAGGAGAGCACGACGACCCGAUGCUGAAGAACUUGACGAGCAUGGGCUACUCGAGAGCCGAUGGACUGGCGGCGCUCGAGAAGUACGACUACAACUUGGAAAGGGCGGCCAACUACCUUGCUAGCCAGUCUUAGCUGUGACAACGGGUAUGGCAUAGCAUCGAACAGUGAUAUCUCGGAGAGAAGGAGAGGAAGACCUUUGGAUGAGUGGGAUGACCAAAAGACACGACGGCGAGCAGAUUGUGGCAUUUAUUUCUUCACGGUUGAUACCUUUUUUGAUAAGUUUGCAUUGUCUGGGGGAGCCUACCGAGUGUUGUCUCGUACUUUUAUUUGUUUUCUCUUCUAUACCUAAUUCAGCCCAUCCACCCCUACGUCUACGUCUCGAGCCCCGUCUCAAUCAUCCGUCCAAGCCAGCAUGGCCGGUAUAAUGUAUAAUACGUAUGUAUUGUACCUUGGCGAUGUCCAUCCUUUGCCUGGAGCGUAAAUACAACCUUCUCGUCUAUCA